CUGGAACACAAUUUGAUUUGCGUCACAGUUUCCGCUGUCGUUCGUAAGUGCGAAAAUGAGUGGAGAGAACACCAUCGCCGGCCUCACUUAGAGCUUGUCUCAUAACCACUACCAUUCAAGUUUUCUUUUAUCCCUGCCGCACUCCCUCAUUGUCUUGUAUGGCCACUCUCACUAUCGCCCGCGCCUAUCAGUAUGCAUACCAUACUUACCCGAAUUAUACUCUCGCUGUCACUGGCGGAACCUUGAAUGCUCUUGGUGAUAUCGUUGCCCAGAUUUCGCAGAAUAUCCUUGUUAAAGAUCAUGAGCCCAGACCCGGUUGGGAUCCAGCACGUACACUGCGUUUCUUUUGUCUUGGAAGCGGCAUGAGUCCUCUACUCGGCAGGUGGAAUUUGUUCUUGGAGAGACGAUUUCCUCUUCGAGCAUGGAGAAUUCAGCCCAUCAGUUUCAGAGCUCUUUCAAAACGGGUGGCUGCCGACCAACUAAUAAUGGCACCGAUUGGGCUCGUGUUGUUUAUAGGCUCCAUGGGUGUGAUGGAAUGUCGAAGUCCCAGGCAAAUACACCAAAAAUAUACUGACAUGUUUACUCCCGCUCUUCUAACCAACUGGAAGGUUUGGCCUAUAGCGCAAAUGAUUAAUUUCCGAUACAUGCCACUGCCAUAUAGAAUACCUUUCCAGUCCACCUGUGGUGUCUUCUGGACGUUAUACUUGUCCACAUUGAAUGCCAAGCCACCACACAGGGUAGACGAAAGGCAAGAUAGAGAAGCAGCACUGCAAGCAACAGUGUGUUAGACGACUCCAAAACUGGUUAUCGGUAAAUCCUGGGUAAUAUCACGUUCACAUUGUACAUAGAUCUCAUCAUCAUUUUCAUAUCUGACCUAAUGUUGUCUUUACCUGCUCCUUGUUAUAUUUCUGAGAUGUAGUCGCACACGUUCCAAUGCUAUUC